CGACUACGCGGCCCGCGGACCGGGGCGGGCUUGUGGGGAAGCGAAACUGAGGGAGGAGGAGGCGGCGCUGGCAGCGGCAGGGCCAGGCCUGGUGGCGGCGGCAUCGGCGGCCUGAUUCCCCCCUCUCCGCUCCUUGGCAGCUCGCCCUCUUCCCUCAGCUAACAAUGAGGAGGAGAAAUGAUUCAGAAUGCACUGCGCCUCUCAAGAAACAGAAGAAAAGAGUUGCAGAGCUUGCCCUGAACCUCAGCUCCACAUCUGAUGAUGAACCUCCCUCCUCUGUCAAUCAUGCAGCAAAAGCAUCUGCUACAAGCCUAAGUGGGUCUGACAGUGAGACUGAGGGGAAGCAGUGCAGCUCUGACUCCUUUGACGAUGCAUUCAAAGCAGACUCUCUUGUGGAGGGAACUUCUUCUCGUUAUUCCAUGUAUAACAGUGUGUCCCAGAAGCUCAUGGCCAAGAUGGGCUUCAAGGAAGGUGAAGGAUUGGGUAAAUACAGUCAGGGUCGGAAGGACAUCGUUGAGGCCUCUAAUCAGAAAGGUCGACGAGGCUUGGGUCUGACGCUGCGAGGCUUUGACGAAGAGCUGAAUGUGGACUGGCGAGCUGAGCCAGAGCCCAGUGCCUGUGAGCAGGUGUCAUGGUUCCCAGAAUGUACCACUGAAAUUCCUGACACUCAGGAAAUGAGCGAUUGGAUGGUUGUGGGAAAGAGAAAGAUGAUUAUUGAAGAUGAAACAGAGUUUUGUGGGGAAGAGCUGCUUCACAGUGUGUUGCAAUGUAAGAGUGUGUUUGAUGUCCUGGAUGGGGAGGAGAUGCGGCGAGCUCGGACCCGGGCCAAUCCCUACGAGAUGAUCCGAGGAGUCUUCUUCCUAAACAGGGCGGCAAUGAAGAUGGCUAACAUGGAUUUUGUGUUUGAUCGCAUGUUUACAAAUCCGAGGGACUCUUAUGGGAAACCACUGGUGAAGGACCGGGAAGCUGAGCUUCUAUACUUUGCUGACGUCUGUGCAGGCCCAGGUGGCUUCUCAGAGUAUGUGCUGUGGAGGAAGAAGUGGCAUGCAAAGGGCUUUGGAAUGACUCUGAAGGGUCCUAAUGACUUUAAGCUGGAAGACUUCUACUCGGCCUCCAGUGAGCUCUUCGAACCCUACUACGGUGAGGGUGGAAUUGAUGGAGAUGGAGACAUCACCCGCCCGGAGAAUAUCACUGCUUUUCGGAAUUUUGUCCUGGAUAACACAGAUCGCAAGGGUGUCCACUUUCUGAUGGCCGAUGGGGGUUUCUCAGUGGAGGGACAGGAGAACCUGCAGGAGAUCCUCAGCAAACAGCUGCUGCUCUGCCAGUUCCUCAUGGCGCUGUCCGUUGUCCGGACAGGAGGCCACUUAAUCUGUAAGACCUUUGACCUCUUCACACCAUUCAGUGUGGGGCUCAUCUACCUGCUGUACUGCUGCUUUGAACGAGUGUGUCUAUUUAAGCCGAUUACCAGCCGUCCUGCCAACUCAGAGAGGUAUGUGGUGUGCAAGGGCCUGAAGGUGGGCAUAGAUGAUGUGCGGGAUUACCUCUUCUCAGUCAAUAUUAAGCUCAACCAGCUGCGGAACACUGAUUCCGACGUCAACCUUGUGGUCCCCUUGGAGGUGAUCAAGGGAGACCAUGAAUUUACUGACUACAUGAUACGGUCCAAUGAGAGCCAUUGUAGUCUGCAGAUCAAAGCUCUGGCCAAAAUCCAUGCCUUUGUUCAAGACACGACCCUGAGUGAGCCUCGGCAGGCAGAGAUCCGGAAAGAGUGCCUCAGGCUUUGGGGGAUCCCAGACCAGGCUCGAGUUGCUCCUUCUUCCACAGACCCAAAAUCUAAGUUCUUCGAGCUAAUCCAGGCACCCGUACUGAGCGCCUGUCCCUUCCCCCAACCCAGCCGUGUUUUCUCUGACCCGGGGCUGCAGGGCACUGAGAUUGACAUCUUCAGCUAUAAGCCCACGCUGCUUACUUCCAAAACCCUGGAGAAGAUCCGCCCAGUGCUCGACUACCGCUGCAUGGUGUCUGGCAGUGAGCAGAAGUUCCUCAUCGGCCUGGGGAAGUCUCAGAUCUACACGUGGGAUGGCCGCCAGUCAGACCGCUGGGUCAAGCUGGACCUGAAGACAGAGCUACCCAGGGACACUCUGCUCUCUGUGGAGAUUGUCCAUGAGCUGAAAGGGGAGGGGAAGGCCCAGCGGAAGAUCAGUGCGAUCCACAUCCUCGAUGUCCUCGUGCUGAAUGGCAGUGACGUGCGGGAGCAGCACUUUAACCAACGAAUUCAGCUUGCUGAGAAAUUUGUGAAAGCUGUUUCCAAGCCCAGUCGGCCUGACAUGAAUCCCAUCAGGGUGAAGGAGGUGUACAGGCUAGAGGAGAUGGAGAAGAUUUUUGUCAGGUUGGAAAUGAAGAUCAUCAAGGGCUCCAGUGGCACACCGAAGCUCAGCUACACAGGGCGGGACGACCGGCACUUUGUGCCCACUGGCCUCUACAUCGUCAGGACAGUGAAUGAGCCCUGGACUAUGGGAUUCAGCAAAAGCUUCAAGAGGAAGUUCUUCUACAACAAGAAAACCAAGAACUCUACCUUUGACCUCCCUGCAGAUGCCAUUGCUCCAUUUCACAUCUGCUACUACGGCCGGCUCUUCUGGGAGUGGGGGGAUGGCAUCCGUGUGCAUGACUCCCAGAAGCCCCAGGACCCAGACAAGCUGUCCAAGGAGGACGUCCUCUCCUUCAUCCAGACGCACAGCGCCUGAGGACCUAGGGAUGCCCACCCCUGCCGAGUGCCCUGUUGUUCCCUGAGCCUGGCCAAGAGGGUGGUGGCCUCCUCUCCAGCUCCUCUGAAGAGCUCUGUUGGGGUCUUCAGAGGACACAUGUUCCUUCUGAGACACUUUCUGGACUUCCCUCCCCAGAGACCUGCUGGGGAACUGUCUUCCCUGUCAGGACUCAGCCUGAAGGAUGCAGCUCCUACAGCAGGUUUGAGGUCCGGGCCCAGGACACAUGGGGCCAGUGGAGGACGUGUCAGAGGUCAGCAGGGCUUUAGCUCUGCCGUUCUCUCCUGUAUCCUGUAGACUCACUUUUCUGAGUUCCGCGCACUGCCCCGAGGGUGGCCAUGCCCCUGCUGUGCCCAGUUUUUUAUUGGGCCAACCCUGAAAGGGAGGAGGCCCACUGUUGUGAGCUGGCCAGGAGCAGCUGCUGUAUAAAUCAAGGUUUUGUUUCUUUGAACUUGCUCUGUUUUGAUGCCAUGUUGGAGAAGAUUUUCUUGUCUCCUCCCCUUACCCUGUCCUGGUCUUCCUGGGAGUUCUUCGCAGCCCAAACCUCUGACCGUCCCGCAGGCCGGGAAGGGAGGCAUGUGGACCCCACAUCUCUUGACACCACAUCAGGAUGCUGGCAGCAUUGUCUGAUGGUGGGUCUGACUGCUUCCUGGGGUUGUAGAGCCUUCCUGGGCCCCACCCCUUUUGAUCCAAACCUUGGGCAGCUCUGGAAGGGGAGGAAGCAGCCUUGAAGACCUGCCAUUUUCUGUGCACCAACAGUUGUGGCCCUGCUGUAACAGAGGGCCCUCCAGGGUUGGGUUGUACCCAGUCCUCUGGCAAUCAUGGCAUCUGUUUGCCCCAGCCACCUUGCCACCCUCCCCCCUCGUUUGUUUUCCCCAACAGGAGGCACAGUUGCUUUUGUUUGUCCUUUUGUGGUCACUCCAUUUCCUCUAUCUUGGCGGGCUGAGGGGGAAGCUGGGCAGUAGCUUUGGGUGGGGGAGGGAACCUGUGGUUGUUUUUAAUGGGAAAUACCUCUCAGAGAUGCUCACACGGGCUCCCUAGGGCCCCAUCCCAGUGCUAGACCGGUUUCCAUGGAGAUAGAGGGCACUGAGGCUCCCCAUGAGGUUGGAAUUGACUCCACCUCAGGGGUCUCCAGCCAGCAUCCAGCCCCUCCCCCCAGGCUGUCAGCAGCACCGCUGAGAUGCUGUAUUUCCACCCAAUUCUGGGUAUCAGUGUGUCUUGCAGAAUCUUGGAUCAUUAAAGACAAACAUAUUUUUAA